AUGUCCUCAUUGUGGAUAGCCGACUCAUCGCCAUUAUUCUUCUACUCCCCCGCCGAAGCUUACUUCGCUGGACAAAACUUGAACUCCUGGAUAGGUAAUCAGGGACCUUAUCAAAGAUCUGGCGAGCUGAACGUGACGGGGGAAAGUAGUACUUAUCAUAGUAGUUUCGGUAAAUCGGCUGUGGUCUUACCUUCAAUCUAUGCGACCUCCUUCACACCUACGUUCUCCGCUUCAUCAGCAUACAACGUAACCAUACAGAUCGGCUCAUGGGAUCCUGAGCCCUGGUCGUCAGGUCGAAGUUUCAACUUUACCAAUGGCGAAUUCGAGCCUCAAACAUUCACUUUAACCUUUGACUGUCAAUCUCAGAAUCAAGAGGAAUGUGGGGAAGUUGAUUUUCUUGGUGCUUGGGUGGAAACAAGAUUCUCACCUGAUGGCUCACAGAUCGAUUCAGUAUCUAUGGACGAUACUUCUCCUCUAAUCACCUACGAAGGUUUCGCACCUAUCGAUCAGAAUAACAAGAUCGUCAAUAUCGAUUCGACAGUAGAUUAUCAACAGACUUUAUCGAUGACUUCUACACAGGGUGCAGAAGCCACUAUCCAUUUUACAGGCGCUUCGAUUUUCCUCUACGGAGUGACAUGUCCUUCCUGCGGCAUCUUCACCAUCACCCUGGAUUCAUCCUCUACCUCAGCCACGCUCGGUUCAUUCAACAAUGCCACAAAUCACGACAGCUUGUUGUUUUUCACUACGAAUUUGGACACAGCUUCGACCCAUACGCUCGUAUUGGAAGCUCAGGGUGGGGUGGUUUUGGAUAAGUUUGAAUUGAGAGGUCCGAAAGGCGGUGUGGGAUUUAUAGGUAACGAGAACGGUACUCCCACAACACUCAAUCCAUCAUCUUCUUCCACUCCCACCUCCGGUAAUACAACCAGCAACAGUAAUAACAAUGACAAUUCGUCAACCAACGGCAACAUCCCAUCCUCUCAGAGCGGUACACCCAACGCAGGUGUCAUAGUAGGUGCGAUCCUCGGUUCCAUCGCAGGGUUAGCAUUCCUGUAUUUCCUUUGUCGAAAAGUAUCGCCCAAAUUCAAAAAGAAAGAUACCAAAAAAUUGAAUCCAUGGGAUGAAGCGAACCUCUUACAGAAUAUGAAGAAUGAGGAAGUACAUGUGACCACGGCCGCUAAUCAACGUUAUGUUUAUCCUGGUUUGAUCGCUCAUUCCGAUUUGAAGAAGUAG